CGCUGCGGGGCGGAAGGAGAAGCGUCCGCGUCUGCGCAGGCGCUGCGGGGCGGAAGUAGCCGAGUGCCCGGUGAACACAUGUUCUCAGCUUGGAAAGCGAUGAUGAAGCGGUGGUAGGAAAAGAUGACGACCCAGGAGGUACGCCUUUGUGGGCUGCUGCUGCAGGAGCACUAUGGGGAGGUGGUGGAAAAGGUGGGCACGCACCUGCUGAGGAACGGAGCCCUGAUGCUGCGCGCCAUCGCUCACGAGACGAGCACCCCGCUCGACCUGGUGAAGAAGUCUCUGUGUGUAUUGAUACAACACGGUUUGUGUGGUUUUCGGAGCGGGCGGAGGGGAGUGGAGUACCACUUGAACGGUGAACGGAUUCUCCGCGUGCUGCGAUAUCCACGCUACAUAUAUACUGCCAAGACCCUGUACGGGGAUGCGGGGGAGCUCAUCGUGGAGGAGGUUCUGCAGCGGGGUCACAUGACCAUGAGCCAUGCAGUCAGGACGGUGGCUGACCGGCUCACCCAUAACAUGGAGGAGGGGUGCAGUAUGGACUACAGUGAGGUGGUCUCCGCCUUCUCCCGAUUGGUGGAGACCCACUUCCUUCAGCGCUGCCCUUCUAUCGCCGAGCCAUCGGCGACACCCGUGGACGCCGUGCCCCCCGUCCCAGUGGCUGUCCCGACCCUUGCCGAAAAUCACCCUGACCGAUAUACGCUGCCCCAGAUCAGCCUCAAAGGUCGGGGCAAACGACGACUGUCCAGUGAGGAAAACGAAGGGGAUGAGAGGGCAGGAAAAAGAGCCAGGCUGGACGAGGACCACUCGGAGUCCUCGGGUGAUGAGGGCAUCUACUGGCAGGUUAACUUCGACAGGUUCCACCAGCAUUUUCGAGACCAGGCGAUCGUCAGUGCAGUGGCCGGCAAAAUGGACCAGACCAGCAGUGAGAUUGUACGGACCAUGCUGAGGAUGAGCGAAGUGACUACCACCCCCAGCGCUGCCUAUACACAGCCUCUGUCCGCUAAUGAGAUCUUCCGUGCCCUACCUCCCAGUUACAGCAUCAGCCGGCCAGUCCUGGAGCAGUACCUCUCCCUUCUUGUGGAUGACCCGAUGGAGUUUGUGGGGAAGACAGGUGACAGUGGAGGAGGGAUGUAUGCUGUCAAUUUGCACAAAGCUCUGGCCAACCUGGCAAGGGCCACGCUGGAGUCUGUGGUGCAGGAGAGGUUUGGUUCUCGGUCGGCACGGAUUUUCCGGCUGUUGUUACGGAAACGGCAUUUGGAGCAGAAGCAGGUGGAGGACUUUGCUAUGAUCCCAGCAAAGGAAGCCAAAGAAAUGCUCUAUGCGCUGCUUUCAGCAAACCUGGUCCAGCUGCAGGAAAUCCCAAAGACCCCAGAUCAUGCCCCGUCUCGCACGUUCUACCUGUACACUGUGAACCCACUACCCACUGCGAGAAUGCUACUACAGCACUGCUACAAGGCGGUGGCUAACCUCAUUGAAAGGCGUCUGCAUGAGACCAAGGAGAACAAGCGUCUCCUGGAGAAGUCCCAGCGCAUUGAGGCAAUUCUGGCAUCGCUCCAGGCUAGCGGGGCAGAACCAGCCCAGCUGACUGAAGUGGAGGAGAUGAUCACUGCCCCCGAGAGGCAACAACUAGAGGCCCUCCGUCAUCACGUCAACAAGCUGGAUUCCAGUGAGAACCAAGUGGACGAGACCGUCUUUCUGCUGGAAUCCUACAUUAAUUCCACCAUGAACACACGCUGACAAGAGAACAGAGCAACGUUUACACAGCACACUGAAGCAAAAAUGCAUGAAGUCAGACAUGCCUUUGGGUCAAUCACUGCAGACUAGACAUAAUAUGCAUCAUUUGGUCACUGUAAUUAAAGUUCCCUGGCUUGCUUUAAAUCUUUUUACAAAGGUAAUACAGGUAAAUAUUUUGCUAUAUUGUAUAUAACAUUAAAUACAAGGAGGGAUCUUCAGUUUCUGUUUUGCUGAUAAAAUAGUUUCAUUUACAAACUUUGUGUUGUAUUUUUGGUCAGUUUUUAUGUCUGUGUGAUUUCAUAUGGCUUCCCAUUCAUUUGUGUCCAUUCAGCUGCAGAGUGUAUUGUUCCUGCCAAAAUAGCACUUUUAGAUCUGGGGGGUUGGGGUUGGGCAAAAAAAAAUUGCUAAAAAGA